UUUUAAUUGGUUUCAUUCAAACUGCUGCAGUUGAGAGAGCAACAAACAGGUACUCGAGCCAAUGUAAUUUAUAAUUUUAAUUUCAUACGGCUUCAUGUACGAAUUAUUGUUGGCGCUGUGCAAUUUCAUUGAACGUUAUCUUCUUAAAUUCCAGAGCCUGACGAACUUACCAUGUGGGCUGGAGUCCAACAACAACUUAGCCACCGCUGGGGUGAGCAUGGACGAAGAGGACGGUAGUGCAGACGAUGAUGAGCACAUACGAAUCAACCGGUACACUGAUGACGACUACGACGACAACAAUAUCGUCUCAACGUCGUUCGCGGGACCGUCCAAGGCGACUGCCGGAAAAACGCUCAUCAAUGGUAUUCGCAAUGGCGGCGCUGGGGGUGAUGGGAGCAACGGGACCGGAAUCGAAAAGUUCCGUAUUGAAUACCCGAAAAAAUUUCACAACGCUCGCAGCAUGUCACUGUCCAUGGAACGGAACGCUUAUUGCGAACUGUGCCGCUUUUCACGCAGUCCCGUGCCAUUUGAACUUGGUGGUGGUAGCGGAGGCAAUGGCGGAAGUGAUGAACUGGAGGACCGUGAUAAAGGCGUCCGCCGGUACUUUGGGUUCACCAUCAAACAGUACAUGGCGCUCGGUUCACUCGCGCUGGUCGACUUUCUCGGGUUUUGUUCCAUGUCUGUCAUGGCACCGACCUUUCCGAAAGAGGCUGAAAAAAAAGAUAUGACAGUUUCUGAAGCUGGCCUUGUUUUUAGUUUUUUUGCUUUGGUAAUGUUUUUACUCUCACCAGCAAUGGGAUCGAUAAUGCCAAUAUUCGGUACGAAAUGUUUGUUUAUAUCAGGCGUAUUUAUUUCCGGAGUAUGCAAUAUGUUGUUUGGCCUGUUACCAAUGAUACAAGAUAACUUCCAAUUUAAAGUACUGUGCUUUAUAGUACGAGGACUGGAAGCGAUCGGCGCUAGUGCAUUCUCUACAUCAAGUUUUGUUUAUGUCAUUCAACUAUUCCCAGAAAACGUCAGUAGUGUUUUAGGUAUACUAGAAACAUUUGUUGGUUUAGGUAUGAGUGUCGGACCUGCAAUAGGAGGAUUGUUGUCUUCGGUCGGAGGUUAUGCGAUGCCGUUUUUCGUUGUAGGUCUCUUAAUGGUGGCUACGGUGCCACUACACAUUUACCUCAUGCCUCCAAUUAGAGAUGAUGUAAAAGCAUCGCAAGCUGUUGGUAGCCGAUCCAAAGGUAUAAUUAAAUUACUUAUAAUUCCAUCAGCUUUUGUUGUCGGCGCUGUCAUUACAGUUACAUCCAACUUUUGGGCGUCACUUGAUCCGACGCUCGAACCACACUUAAGAGAGAUGGGCUUAUCAACUGAUGAGGUGGGACUUGUAUUUCUGUUUUGUUCAAUACUGUAUGGAGUAUCAAGUCCAUUUUGGGGUUACAUUGCUGACAAGUACAAUAACCAUUGGUCAAUGAUGGCCGUUGGAUUGUUUUCAUCGGCUAUCGGGCUAUUUAUCUUAGCUCCUCUUCCAUGGUUACCAUUGAAUCAAGAUGUUUUAUGGUUGAACCUCGUUGGACUUGGAAUUUUGGGCGUGUCCGCGUCAUUAACGAUGAUGCCAGCAUUUAACUUCAUUUUAUCAAGCGCAAUAGAAAAUGGAUUUCAAGAAAGCGUUUCUACAUUUGGAACUGUCGCCGGAUUUUGGUCGUCGGCCUAUUCACUUGGUGAUAUGACCGGUCCAUCAUUGGGAGGCGUUCUUUUACAACAUUUCGGGUUUUCUAUAUGUAUGACUACAAUGGGUCUGUUUUGUUUAGUAGUGGGUGUGAUUUCGGUUGGGUUUUUUGGUCUUGUGAAAAAAAAAAAAAAACGUCCUCGAACGAUUUCAGACAAAAGUCCGCUAAACGAUCCGAAAAUUAUACAUCCACGAUAUAAUUCACUGAACGACGAUCGAGGUAGAUCAAUGCUAAUUUCAAAUUUUUCAUCUAAAACGGAAACCACUGAAGUGUAAAUUAAAUCUGUAAACUAUUCUACCUGUGUCGAAAGUUCCAUUUUAUAUUUGUUUAUCGUUUUCAACAUGAGGAUGAUUCAUUAAUAAUAGCUUAUUUUUAGAAACUAUCUUUAUUAUUCCAGUUAGUAAAUAACUAUAUAGGUAGUUGAUAAAUUAUUUUAUUUCAAAAAUAAUUAUGCU